UAUUCCUUCUGCCAGUCUUGAUACGAACUGGAGCUGGUGAAACAGUAGGGGAAACACACAGUCAGGCUGGUGGUCUUGCUCUUACAGACCCAGGGACUUUCACGCAUUUUAUCAAGAUCACUUGGAGAGAGAGGAGCACACGGUCGUUUUAUCGACCAAUCCAUUAUUUAAACUAAGGCUGGCAUUGUUUCUGACCCAAAGACUCAGGAGAAAAGAACAGGUGAUGACCUGGAUGGUGCCAUGUGAAUGACUCAAGACCAUGAAGCCCACACACAAGCUGCUGUUCGUCCUGUGCCCCAUGCUGGUCCUGGGUUUUAUUUAUUACUCCUCUGGGAAGCUACAUCUACACGUAUGGGGCCAGAAGCCUCAGAGUGAUGCAGAAGAGACAACUGUAGUCCUGACUAAAGGGGCUGAAGUGAAAAGAAUUACAGAGGUGGAACCAGAAAUCAGCGUGGGACGAAUAGUAGGCUCAGUGUAUGAUAAGCAGGGCUUUCUGCUGCAGUUGGACACAAAACUUCCACUGGAGUUGGCAUACAAGUAUGGCAACCUCACCGAAGGAGUGUGCAAGCCAGGAUACGCAGCAGCCAAGAUGACAACCAUCUAUCCUAAGUUCAUGAAACCAGCGCCCAUGUUUCUUGAUCGGAACUUCAAACGUCUAGCAAAAGUCAGCAAUUACUUGCCUCCAUUUGGUUUUAAAACACAAGAAAGAAUCAUAGACAGCAUUUUAACUGCCACGAAAAAUUAUGGACUUGGAGAGGAGCUGGACAGUCUCAGCUGUAAAAGAUGCAUCAUCGUGGGCAACGGGGGCAUCCUGUUCAACAAGUCUCUGGGGUCCCGCAUAGAUGAGUACGAUAUUGUAGUGAGGUUGAAUUCGGCACCAGUAAGUGGUUAUGACAAAGACGUAGGGACCAAAACCACCAUGAGGAUUACCUAUCCAGAGGGGGCUAUCCAGAUACCUGAAAACUAUGAAAAAGACUCACUUUUUGUUUUCUCUGCUUUCAAACCACUGGAUUUCAAGUGGUUCCGGCAGAUGGUCUUCAAGGAGAAACUGAGGGGUACAGAGGGUUUUUGGAAGUCGGUGGCUCACUAUGUGCCUCGGGAGCCGGCUGAGAUGAGAAUCCUGAAUCCCUACUUCGUCCAGGAGGCUGCCUUCCAGUUCAUCGGCCUGCCCUUCAACAAUGGCCUCAUGGGCAAAGGGAACAUUCCAACUUUGGGAACAGUAGCUAUUACGAUGGCACUGCAUAACUGUGAUGAAGUGGCGGUUGCAGGUUUCGGCUAUGACAUGAACACUCCCCACGCCCCCAUGCACUACUAUGAGACUGUCAAGAUGUCCGCCAUUAAAGAGUCAUGGACACACAACAUACCCAAGGAGAAGGAGUUCCUCCGCAAACUGGUGAAGGCCAAUGUCAUCACAGACCUGACCAAUGGUAUCUGA